ACCGGCCAGCACUAGCGUUUGCGACCAUUUACACCGUUUUGUUUGUUGUAGGUUGGUAUGGCGGCGUCUUCGCGUGCCUGACCGAGGAAGGCCGCGUACAAAGUCUUGCCCUGUUCCGAUUGGUCUACAUCCCCAUCAAGGCGCUUCUAGCUGUUUUUUUGCUGGUCUUCUUCCGGUAUGCAGUGGCGCGAUCGUGGAGUGCGGGAUGCUAUAGCGCAGUCUACCGCUCCCUUGCAUUUCAAUUUUGGGGACUGCUCUACCUCGGUCUUUCUCUCUUUGCGGCGACGCGCAUCAUUCCGGCCCUACUAGCAACUGCGCAAGAGUUACCGGGGUACCAGCGCAUUAUCGCAGAGACGCUGGUGUGUGGUUUCUUCUUCAGCAUUGUGCUGCCUCUUCUGGAAAAAAUUGGGGGGCAGGUGCUUGUACCGCGGCUGCUUCCUACUGACAACGAUUGGAAGUUGUGCGACCUCUUCCCCGACGCACGAACGCAGAAAGCGGCCCAGGAAAAAACCCGGGAAGUUAUGGUUUGCAGCGCCCAGUACAUGUUCGACGCCACUCGGUUCGGAAUGGGGCGCGGCGUUUUCCUGGUUUUAUCUCCUGCAGCCAUCGCUUUUGUACUCUUUCGUGACCUGACCUACCACAUCUGGCACUUCGCUUUGAGGCAAAAAGAAGCGUUGUUGGUGUUUGCGCUGAAAGUUUGCGACUUUGACGAUCUGGAGCAUGUUCCGGAGAGAUGGCGAUGGGCCACCAAAAUUUGUUACCAUCUGCAACGAAUCAGUUCUAUCAAUCGACGUUUUUCCAUCGCGUUUGACGAGGAGAUUGACUUUGAGCAGAUACUACUCGCAGAGGAAACUACUGGCGCCUUCGAUGCAGGAGCUGGAUGCGGGCAUCAGCUGACGGAUUACAACUCGGGCACAACUAGUGGCAUUGCAACGGAGUACAGGGAAGUUCUACAUCGGAGUACUACAACUCGCACCCAACUCGGGAAGAAAACAUUGGCUCUGCACUUUUCUAACAUCCGGGUUAAAAUCAGAAACGUACCAGUACACCUCUUCCGGGAUUUGUUCAACCGAGAUGUCGCGAAUCUUUCGCACGGUGCAGUGAGAGUUGAAAUGGAACCGGAAGACCAUGUGAGCACGACAGAAUCCGAAACCAGCGACAGAGACGCAACAUUGCCCAACCUGCUCGAAAUUAGCACGGGGAGGGGGAGGCUGACUGCGAAUCAAGUUGCUGCAGGGGUACAAGUCGGCACGCAAAGGAGCGGAACCAGAACCGGAACAGGCCGCAGCAUCGGAAAUAACAGAGAUGUAGAAGCCGGUGGAAGGUCUGUGGGUGUUCUGGCGGCAAGAGUAGAAACUGCGUUGCCAGUGAAGAAGGCCGCGAGCAUGCCGGCCAAGCCGGAAAACGCGAUCCUGCACCAGACCAGCAGUGUCCAUAAGACCCUUUCUGUUGACGCUCCCCCGCCUGUGGCGACCACCCGGACGUUUCUGAAGUUUUUACUUGGCCGAGAAGAUAAAGGAAAAACGAAAACAGCAAAGAGCCCGGUUUCCGCAGCAGAGCUGAACGCCUUCAGGCACUGCACUGAUUUUUACCGCCAAGAAAAUUUUAAACGGUACCAGAUUCGUGCGCACUGCCGCCUAAUGACGUCGCUAGCGAUGAUUUUUGUCCCCCUCGUUGCGCUGGCGAAUAACGUGUCGCUGUUCCCCGGGUUUCCGCAGACCAGCGAGGAGAUUAUUUUCGGUCUGGUUGUGUCAAUUAUUUUCUUCGUGAACGACGUCGUCGAGUGGUAUGUUAUUACGUGGAAGUUUGCAGCAUUUGAUGACGAGCAGGCGAAAGUCUUGCUGCCGAGAUUUGUAGGACUAUUUUUUGUGGAUUCUGGGACGGAGCAAGCAGGGUCUUCUUUCCAAUUAUUUCCGCAAAUAAAUACGAUUGCGGUUCCUGUUUUUAGCUGUUACCUUCUGUCGACUAUUACCACAGUAAGGUAUCAGCCUUACUCGCUUUCAAUGCUACGGGAAGUGACUGAACAAGCAGAAUUGACUUGGAGUCACGUGUACGACUACUGUGGUAUUUAAAGAGAUAGAGAAGGAUCAAUAUGUCAGUGAAAAUCAUAACUAGAGGAUUGUCGCUCUUAGCUUUAAAUACUUACUUAUUUACCGCUGAUUUUUAUCCCAAUAUAAAAACAAAUAAACCAUGCGUAGCUCGUUGGUGUGACCAAAUUUAGCCAGUAAUAGAAGCUGAGUGCAUAUUUGUAUCUUCCGUUUUGAUGGACAAGCUCAAGCAUUUUGACUCAAGUACAAACUCGAUCUUCUCAUCACAGCUGGCACAAGAGACCCCUGGUGCACGUGAGCUGCUGUUCGGCCAUCUACUUAUGCUCGACUUUGCUGCGGGGAAACUUCGCCGAAUCGCAUGCGAAAGUGCGUAAACAAGUACAGUAAUCAGUUUUCAGUAUACACAAGUGAAGCCCGUAGAAUAGAUGAAGUACAAGUAUAUUAAUUCUAAUUGUUUCAUCAAUUUACCAAAAAAAAUACGUGGCGUAAACUAAACCUAAACUCCAACUCAAGCGAAAACGAAUAGUCACUGUGAACAAAAAACAACAAAAAGGGUAGUCCGAGUAUCAACUUCAGUUUCAAAAUUGUGAAUCGAAAGAAAGCGAAAAGCUCGAGUGUGCUAUUAAAUUAAACACACGUAAAUGCAACACAAGCAAUGAAACACACGAAGAUUACAUACGUGAGGGCCUUUUCUUUCGGGAUCGGGG